AUGCGAACAUCGCGAGCCUCAAAGGAGACAUCCAAGGUCCUUCAGGCCUUGUCGCCCCCAGCGCGCCGCCAAACACGUAGUGCGGCGCUCACGACCAGCGCCCUGAAGAGUUUCGCCUACAAUGGCGAUUCAACCCUGACCCCCGAGUCGAUCCCGACCAUUGCGCGCAUCCCCACCCUUAAAAGCGACGAUGAAUCCUCCCUAUCCUCUGCGAAUACCGCUGACAUCGAAGAUCUGGUGGAUGACUUGGAACCGUCCGCGAAACGCCGAAAACGCAACGCCAGCUCGAAGGUCUUGUCUGUCUCCAAUCGCUCGUCGCGCAAGCCCCUCGUGAAGGAAGACCCAGAUACCAAAUCGGCACCGCCAGCAAAGGCGCGACGAAUGCCCGCUCGAAAGACCCGUGAUGCAGAUGGCGCCGUGGUGGUUGAGCCGCCUUCGAACUGGGAGACCAUGUACAAUAUUGUGAAGAAGAUGCGCGAGGACAAUCCCACGGCACCCGUAGAUACCAUGGGCUGCGCGGAACUAUACUGGCGAGCGUCAUCGCCGCGCGACCGUCGUUUUCAGACCCUCGUUGCAUUGAUGCUCUCGUCCCAAACGAAGGAUACAGUGACCGCGGUUGCGAUGCAACGCCUACAUACCGAGCUUGGAGACGAUCAACUGCAAUCAGAUUGUGCAAGCGACAUCAAGCCGGAGCAUGAACAGCCGGAAUGCAUCAGUGAUAUCAGAAUUAAAGCCGAAGAAGACGACUCCAAGGCGCUCCAGGACAAGGACAGCACUCUGAACCUGGAAAAUAUUCUUGCCGUGUCCCCGACCCGCCUCAACUCUCUCAUCGAGAAAGUAGGCUUCCAUAACAACAAAACCAAAUACAUCAAGGCAGCCGCGCUUAUUCUGCGUGACCAGUAUAAUGGUGACAUCCCUGCGACCCCCGAAGGACUUAUGAAACUUCCGGGUGUUGGCCCCAAAAUGGCUUAUCUCUGCAUGAGUGCUGCCUGGGGCAAGCACGAGGGGAUCGGCGUCGAUGUCCAUGUCCAUCGUAUCACCAACCUGUGGGGGUGGCACAAAACCAAGACGCCAGAGGAAACACGGAUGGCGUUACAAUCCUGGUUACCUCGGGACAAGUGGCACGAGAUUAAUAAGUUGCUAGUUGGCUUAGGGCAGACGGCCUGUCAACCAGUCAAGCGAAGGUGUGGGGAGUGCUAUCUGGCGGGCACGAAGCUCUGCAAGAGCGAAGUCAAAGGCCUGACUCCCGUUAAACGUGAAAUCGGCGUCAAGACGAGCCCUGAACUCGAUGAGCCGAAGAUUAAAAUCGAGACGUCCUGA